UUCAGUUCAAAUCUUCCGCCAACGGUUUGGUUAGUCUGCUUCGGGACUCGGCGGUGUUAGCACGUGUAUUCCUUCUGGUCGGGAACUGGUUCGAACCGCGGGGUGGACAAUGUGUGUGGACCAUUCUGCGGAUGAGCUGCUGGUGUUUGAUGGAUUUGGUGGAUUUAAAGCGGGGGUGUGAAAAAACGGUUGCACUAAUCUGAAAUAACAUGUGACAUAUUGUGGAUUUAAUGGGGUGUUAGUUUUACGGUACAGAAUAAAAAUCAUGGGGAUGGAAGUGACCGUAAUUGCCGAUUGUGGUCAGUGGUUAUGCAAUGCCGGAGUGGUGAAAUGUAGAAGUGAUGGUUGGAUUUGAAUAAUCCUUUCGUGAGGAAAAUGUGAAGUGCACUGAUCGUUGUUGGAAUGGAAUUUGUUGUCAAUAUUUGUACCGUUGCAUUCAAACGUGAAAUGUUUAUGGCUCAGUGACCUGCAUGAGGGAUAGGGACGUGUAAACAAUUUAUCUCAUAAGUUUAGUUUGAAGUCGUUUGCUAGAACUGCUCUAUGGAUAUGUUCGCAAUCAUUGAAGCAGUCAGUGCACAAGGGGACCCCCAUCUAACUUGAAAAGGCAUCCCAUCAUCAUUGGGCGAUUAUCAUUCCGGCCUGAGGCCUCUCGCACUCGGAAGACCUGAUGAGACAACCUUCCAUUCGUUCGGGGAGCCACGUCCUUCGAACUGGGUGGUCAGAAGUCGUCCGAAGUGUAUUGAAAAAGUGCAGAAAAAUAUGUAACUUUCAUGCCCUCCGGUGUGUGGUGUGCUGGUCGGUGCUUCCUGCAAACCGACAACGAGACGAAACCGUGUUGGGUGGAGAGAUGACGACAACACCGUGCGACGUGACGACAAAUGGGAAGCCAAAGGCACCGACGACGACGACGAUGCUGAGUUCGUGCCCAAAUACAGUUAAUGAACCCUGGAGGAUUUCCCAUCGCACAGCAGAACGUGGCAGCAAUUCUGCCGAAAAUAACGCCGACAUUGGGCCCAGCCAGCGUUGCGUGUAAUCAAGUUUAUUUGCGCUUUCGGGGGUAUAUACUCCGUAUCCGCAGAAGAAAGACAAAGAAAAGUGUCUGGCCGGGUGUUGUGUUUGAAGAAAAGUGCGACGAGUUUCCUAUAUCCAUUUCCAAUAGUGAUGGCGGGAAAUUGUGGGCGAUCGUUCAUUGAUUGGAUGGCGGCGCAACGGGACGAGGGUUGUUCAACUUGUUAGUUUUCGCUACUAUGAGUUACAGUCGUGCGUUUCAUGCAGGGAAUACAUUGAAUAUGUAUGCCUCAUUGAUCUGGCACCCUACCCGAUCCAACAAACAGCAAAGUAUCGGAAUCAUACGUGUUAAAAGUUUUCUAUCGACAAAAGUUAUUCUACGAAAGGCACUUUCCCAGCUUCGUUCCUACUAGCUCGGCGGAAGAUCCAAGAAAAAUGCAAGUAAAAAAAAGUGUGGUUCGGCAUCGAUAUCCGUAGGUGUGAAGCAGUCAGCAAGCGUGCCGAGUUUCCCACAGCUUGGCGGAAUAUUAUCAUCUGCCUUUGACACAUGUUGGCUGCGGAAAGAAAGAAAUCUUGAACCAAUCAAUCGCACACAAAAGGCGGCAUAAGUCUCGAAGUCUGUGGAUUAAUUUAUUUACUUUCGACCUCGAAGGCGGUACCGGUUGAGAAGAAAAAAAAAACUGUGAAGCGAAGUGUGCCAGAUCAGUAUCUCGUGGUUAGACGUCUUUUGGCAAGUGCGCUCCGGUGAAUAAUUGGAUAUGAGUUAUUAUCAGUGAGCAGACGUGCUUGCCAUCGGAAAGAGCAGUUUAUUCUGGAGUGUAGGGGCCAAAAGAAGAAAUUGUGUCUAGUAUGAGAAAACGAAAGCGAAUUAAAGGCAGUGCUUCGAGCAGUGAUCGAAGGGUAAGAGAAGAAAAGUUGAAGUGAGGUGCACGACACAUGAUAAUAAACUGCACUUGGGAAUCGAGUGUAAGCCCAUGGAUAUGAUUGUGAAAAAAAGAACAAACCGUGAUAUGGAGGGCAAGAGAUGUUUGUUUAGGGUUUGUUUGUGCAACACUGCAAAUACAGAAGCGACGGCAGCCAGCUGAAAAUGUAAUAUCUUACGAUAUUAGGGCAGAAGUGUGACGAAACGAGUGUAAAUAGCUGGAAAAUAACUUUUCUGGGUUUCAACGAGCAAAAGACUUUCCGCAAUAUCUUGAUGGCAGUGGGUCGUUCGAAAGCAGUGAUUGCGUACAGCACAAACAUCAUGAAACGACUGACAACUCGAGGGAGCUGAGAGUUGAUUAUUGCAUACAUCUCGCCAUUUAGAUAGAAUCCACUUCACUAGUUAAGCAAGAAACCCAACCCCAUCAGCAACUGCCAGGAUGACUAUGAACAUCAACAUGGACUCUGACCAUCGGGUCGUGCUGAACGUCGGCGGUAUCCGCCACGAGACGUACAAAGCGACCCUGAAAAAAAUCCCGGCCACUCGGUUGUCCCGGCUAACCGAGGCACUGGGAAAUUACGAUCCGAUUCUGAACGAGUACUUCUUUGAUCGCCAUCCGGGAGUGUUUGCUCAGGUGCUGAAUUACUACAGAACGGGAAAACUGCACUAUCCGACAGAUGUUUGCGGGCCUCUGUUCGAGGAGGAGCUCGAGUUUUGGGGGCUGGAUUCCAACCAGGUGGAACCAUGCUGCUGGAUGACGUACACACAGCAUCGCGACACCCAGGAAACGUUGGCCGUGCUCGAGCGGCUAGACCUGGACACCGAAAAGCCCACAGAAGAGGAACUGGCCCGGAAAUUUGGCUACGAGGAUGACUAUUACAGCGGGACGGUUUCCUGGUGGCAGCACAUGAAACCGCAAAUUUGGUCCCUGUUCGAUGAACCGUACAGUUCGAAUGCUGCCAAAAUAAUUGGUGUGAUAUCGGUGUUCUUCAUAUGUGUGUCGAUAUUGUCGUUUUGCCUGAAAACCCAUCCGGAUAUGCGCGUUCCGGUGAUACGAAACACCACGGUGAAAACGGCCAACGGCAGUAUGGCGUGGGUGCUGGAUAAGACGCAAACCAAUGCGCACGUAGCAUUUUUCUACAUCGAGUGCGUCUGCAAUGCAUGGUUCACGUUGGAGAUUUUGGUGCGCUUCAUUUCAUCGCCCCACAAAUGUGAGUUCAUCACCUCGUCGGUGAACAUCAUCGACUACAUUGCCACGCUCAGCUUCUACGUGGAUCUGGUGCUGCAAAAGUUCGCCUCCCAUCUGGAGAACGCCGACAUCCUGGAGUUUUUCUCCAUCAUCCGUAUCAUGAGACUGUUCAAACUGACCAGGCACUCGUCCGGGCUGAAAAUCCUCAUCCAGACAUUUCGUGCAUCGGCCAAGGAGCUAACACUGCUAGUGUUCUUCCUGGUGCUGGGCAUUGUGAUAUUCGCCAGCCUGGUCUACUACGCGGAACGCAUCCAGGCGAAUCCGCACAACGAUUUCAACAGCAUCCCGUUGGGGCUGUGGUGGGCCCUGGUCACAAUGACCACCGUUGGCUACGGAGACAUGGCACCAAAAACCUACAUCGGGAUGUUUGUCGGAGCGUUGUGUGCUUUGGCUGGUGUGCUAACGAUCGCCCUGCCAGUGCCGGUCAUCGUGAGCAACUUUGCCAUGUACUACUCGCACACGCAAGCCCGGGCCAAAUUGCCGAAAAAACGCCGGAGGGUGAUACCCGUUGAGCUGCUUCGGCCUCCGCGAGUCGCAGGUCAAACGGGAGCUAUGGGAAUGCCCGGCUCGGGUCCGAUGGCUCGCCGCAUGAAUCAGACGAAAACAAAGGAUCUCGGUCCGAAAAUAGGUCCCAUCGGUGCCAGCAUCGUGGCUAUGUGCCCCAAAAACGUGGGUCUCCACACGAACCCAGCUCUGGCAAUGUGCAAGCCAACGUUCGAGGUUCGCCCGCCACCAGUGCUUAACACAAUGACCAACCCAGCGCCAGCAGUUCCUGCGCCGGUCACUAACAAACCGCUGCUGAUUCCGCGCGAUGCCAGUAUUGGGAAAUUCAGCAAUAGCAAUAACAACAAUAGCAGCACCAUAAACGCCAAUGGUAACGCAAGCACCGUUACCAACAACACCGAAAACGGAAACAACACCAAAUGAAGCCAGGCCGCGUGGCUCGAAAAGCUGGUUCACUUCCUGGAACGUGUUCUCACACGGCUGGCCACAACUUUUCGAAGUCUUACUUUGUACAUUCGACAGAGAUACAUUUAGCUAGCUUUAUGUAAAUACAUCAGAAACUGAAACUGUACAUAUUUUAACAGUCUCGCAGCAUUAAUAGCAUCGUGUUACAAAAAAAAAAGAAAAUGUGGUGAGCUUCUCAUUUACAUACUGAAGGCUACUCAUCUGGUCGAAUACAUCCUGGAUGUAUAUUUGUAUUCAAACAAUGAAAAUGGACCUCAAACCAUUUAUUUUAACGAUUCAUCUACAGUAUGUAGCUCAGAAAGGUCACAACAUGUGUAACACCGUGCAGUAUAUAGUUAUGAAAAAGUAUCUAAGAAAUUUACUAUUCAGUCUCGAUGGAGUUUUAUCCUUCAAAAGUGCGUGAUUUGCAGUGAAGCAAUGCUUUAACAUUCAAUUCUUGCUAAAACGAAAAUAUAAACAAAACAAGUAUUCUUAUGAUCGCUCAAUUAGAACGUAAUGUUUUGGUCCGUAUUGCAUCAGAGGAAAGACACAACCGGCGAUAGGGACUACUUUCAUCUUGAUACUCGCUUAUUACAGUACAAACCCAGCCGCUGGUUAUUAUCAGUCGAAACAUAAAAUCUCAUUCCACAGGUUUCGUAUACUUUCGUAACAACCACUACAAAGCUACGGGUCAAGAAACUUUUAAUUUGUUUUAUUAUCGACCGGAUAAAUGGACCAAAAAUGGACGGACCUAGAAUAGGCUUCAAACUCAGACUAGUUACCCAUUUACACGAUAUUCCAUCGUAGACCAAAUGGUAGACUUUCCAUCGAAAUAGCUUUCCUUCCCUGCGAAAAUAGUCCAAUCCAAUAAAUGAGAGAACAUUUUAUUUGACCGAGUCAUACAAACCUGAUUCAUUUUCAAUCGAGGUAGCAAAAGCAGUAAAUGUGAUACAAGUAGAGAUAACUAAGAAAAGUUUGGACUGGAACUCAGAAGAAACGAAAAAAUCUAAUAAUCGACGCAAACCAUUUGAAGAGUUGUGCAGUUUGACUCACAGAGUAAAUGUCAAAUCACGUUCUUAGUAAACAACAAUUUUAACAUGAAAUUAGUAAUAUAGUAAGAUUCGCCAUUAAUCGUUUAGUAAAGUGAAACCGAUUCUGACACAAUUGCAGCAGAAACUUGCACCAGCUUCUAUUUAUUUUAUGCGGUUCAAAACUGAGGCUGAAAUUCCGAUUACGAACUGUAUGAGUGAACUUCAAUCAUGGAUUAAUAUUUACGAAAAACAAUUUUUAACGUGUCUUUCUUUAUCUGGAUAUGGAUAAAUAAAAUGCUGAUGGCCAGCGAAAAUUGUCGAAAAGCUAACUGAAAA